CCCGUCCUGUACUCUAGACACUAGCUAGACCUCGUGUUCGGCGUCGUCACUCCCCCCUCCUCUCUUCCUUUGUACUUUUUUCCUCUCCGCCAUUCCGUCCUAGCCUUCUCUCCCCCACCAACACCUUCUACAAGAUGGCUACCCCAACAUCGCCCACCCCCACCAGUGGCGCUGUCCCCGCUAUCCCGGCCCACCUCCAGGUCCCCUCGCGUCCCCAGUCCGAGAACCGCCUCAAGGAGAAGGUCGGCUACGUCCAGUCGCCUUUCCCCCUCAAGGCUUCUCAGCAGGCCCAGGUCGCCCAGAUCCUCUCCCAGUCGGGCUUCAUCCCUCCUGAUUUCGUCCAGGGAGAGGUCGACUGGUUCUACAACUCGCUCGGCAUUGACAACGCCUACUUCAUCGCCGAGAGCCCCCAGGUUAUCUCGGACCACAUCCUCGCCCUCUACUCGGCCAAGGUCCUUGCCUACACCAAGCACGACCCCGCCAAGCUCGUGAUCGACCUCGAGAAGAUCACCACCGAGGCCGACCUCAAGGAGGGCGGCAAGGAGGGUGCCGUCUUCAUCCACUCCUCCGCCGCCGGUAUCUCGGCCAGGGAUGGCCCCGGUGCCACCGUCGAGAAGCGCAUCGACGAGCUCUACCUUGACAAGUCGACCAGCGACAAGUCGUACCGCCUCGAGACUUACCGCUCGACCGGCUCGGUCUCGCAGGACUCGUCGCAGCAGCUCCGUUGCUACUUCGUCUCCCCCUGCAACUUCCCCAAGACUCCCGAAGUCAAGGACGCCGAGGGUCGUACCGACAUCAAGUCGGUCUCGGACUCUGCUUUCCUCGAGAAGGCUACUCCCAACACUGUUGAGAUCUACCAGAGCGUCCUCAACGAGGUUGAGCGCCGCAACGGCCCCGUCAUCGAGCUCUUCGAGAUCGAGGACUCGCCCACUCGCGAGCACCGCAUUGUCAUUGGCUACAAGCAGGGCGGCACCCACCAGUACUUUGCCGCUCUCUCGGACCUCUACCACUUCUACGGCCUCUACUCGGCCCGCAAGUACGUCGAGCAGUUCGCCAACGGCAUCACCAUCAUCUCGCUCUACCUGAACCCCGUUCCCAACUCGCGUGCUCCUCCUAUCGAGCACUCGAUCCACCAGGUCGUCCGUGAGGCCUCGCUCCUCUACUGCCUGCCCGACAACCCAUUCUUUGCCGUUGCCGAGGAUGAGACCCCCCACGCUGUCCAGGAGGCCACCUACGCCUACGUUGGAUGGAUCUUCACCCAGCACUUCUGCAACCGUCUUGGUCCCUCGUACCUUGCCCUCAAGAACGUUCUUGACGACAACAACCCCGACCACGAGGCGGUCCUUGCCCGUAUCAAGACGCGUUUCCGUGAGGAGACCUUCACGCCCACCAACAUCCGCGAGACCAUCCAGGCCCACCCCGAGCUCAUCCGCCAGCUCUACAUCAACUUUGCAAUGACCCACUACCCCGCCGCCGACGAGGCCUCGCAGCUUACGCCUACGCUCUCGUUCCAGCGUAUCAAGACUGAGCAGCCCCUCUCGGACGCCGACCUCCUCACUCAGAUCCGCAAGAAGGCGUCCAACCAGCACGCUGCCCAGAUCCUUGAGGCUUUCCUCGUCUUCAACAAGCACGUUCUCAAGAGCAACUUUUACCAGCCCACCAAGGUUGCCCUCUCGUUCCGCCUUGACCCCGGAUUCCUCCCAGAGAUCGAGUACCCCAAGCAGCCUUUCGGCAUCUUCCUCGUUGUCGGCUCCGACUUCCGCGGCUUCCACGUCCGCUUCCGUGACGUUGCCCGUGGUGGUAUCCGUCUCGUCCGCUCGCGCGGAAAGGAAAACUACAACGCCAACGUUCGUACUCUCUUUGACGAAAACUACGCUCUCGCCGCCACCCAGACCCUCAAGAACAAGGACAUCCCCGAGGGCGGCUCCAAGGGCACCAUCCUGCCUUCGCUUGGCGCCAACCCCCACCAGUGCUUUGAAAAGUACAUUGACUCGGUCAUUGACCUUCUCAUCCCUGGUCAGUCGCCCGGCAUCAAGGGCCCCAUUGUCGACAUCUCGGGCCGCCAGAGCCCCGAGAUCCUCUUCCUCGGCCCCGACGAGGGUACCGCUGAGAUGAUGGACUGGGCUGCUCUCCACGCCAAGUCGCGUGGCGCCCCCUGGUGGAAGUCGUUCACCACCGGCAAGUCGGCUGAGAAGCUCGGUGGUAUCCCCCACGACGUAUACGGCAUGACCUCGCUCUCGGUCCGUCAGUACAUCCUCGGUGUUUACAAGGCCCACGGCCUCAACGAGAAGGAGGUCACCAAGCUCCAGACUGGUGGCCCCGACGGUGACCUCGGCUCCAACGAGAUCCUCCUUUCCAACGACAAGACUGUCGGUAUCAUUGACGGCUCGGGUGUCCUCUACGACCCCCAGGGUCUCAACCGUGCCGAGCUCGUCCGUCUUGCCCGUGCCCGCAAGAUGAUCAUCGAGUUUGACGACUCCAAGCUCGGCCCCGAGGGCUACAAGGUCCUUGUUGACCAGCAGGACUACAAGCUCCCCUCGGGCGAGGUCAUUCCCGACACGACCGACUUCCGCAACAACUUCCACUUCCGUGUCAAGUGCGACAUCUUCGUCCCCUGCGGUGGUCGUCCCGAGGCCGUCAACAUUGGCAACGUCUCCAGACUCAUCGACUCUGACGGCAAGCCCCACUUCAAGUACGUUGUCGAGGGUGCCAACCUCUUCUUCUCGCAGCAGGCCCGUCUCUUCCUCGAGAAGAAGGGCGUGGUGCAGUACAAGGACUCGUCGACCAACAAGGGUGGUGUCACCUCGUCUUCGCUCGAGGUGCUCGCCGGUCUGUCGCUCUCCGACUCCGAGUACACCGACCUCAUGAUCUUCAAGGACGGCAAGCCUUCGCCGUUCUACCAGUCGUACGUCAAGGACAUUCAGCAAAAGAUCUGCGAGAACGCCGCCGCCGAGUACAACUGCAUCAACAAGCAGUGGCACAAGCUCAAGGGCGCCAAGCCCCGUACUCUCAUCUCGGACCAGCUCUCGUCGACCCUCAACAAGCUGCAGGACGACCUCGAGUUCUCCGACCUCUACGACAAUGUCAAGUCGCGCAACAACGUCCUGGCUCACGCCUUCCCCAAGACCCUCCAGGACAAGAUUGGCCUUGACAAGCUUGUUGAGCGCCUUCCCGAGGUCUACCUCCGUGCCGUCUGGUCGGCCUGGGUUUCGUCCAACUACAUCUACCAGAACUCGCUCGAGGCGACCAACGUGGACUUCUUCCACUUCUUCUCCAAGCUCGCCGUGUAAUAACAGAUAGUCGAAAGGAUCAGCAGCAGUAGCAUCAUAGCAUGCAUGGACUCUAAUAAUUCUGUCACAAA